AUGGGAAGAUACUCUGUUUUACUUGGUGGUUUGGGUGGGAUUGGCUACUCUGUUUGGCAUUCUUAUUGGGAAGAUUUUGGCAUUCUUAUUGGGGUUGCUGCUUUGGGUUCAUUGGUUCCAUGUCACUACACUGGUUUUAACUUGGCAUUUGGAAUAGAUAGUGGAUCAAACCCUCUCUAUUUUGCUACAGCGAUUGAGUAUGAAAAUGGAGCUGGUGACAUGUCCAGAGGUGAAAUCCAAAAUGGAGCCUCAGGCAGGUGGCUUCCAAUGCAACAAUCAUUUGGUGCUGUUUGGAAAAUCAAUGCUGCCAUGCCCGGUCCCCUCUCUUUUCGCAUUACAUCAUCUUCCCGCCAGACUGUGGUGGCUACCAAUGUUAUUCCGGUGGGAUGGCAGCCUAAUCAGAUGUACUAUUCACAUGUAAAUUUUUGA